CGAGUUGUCAGUACGAUCUGCCAAAUAUCCACAUCCAGUAACCUUCUUCGCGAAGGUGUGCGUGUCAUGUUUUUAGUUGUCAAACUUAAAAAUGUCUCAAGCCGGUUCCAAAAAGUCCUCUAUUUCCAAACUAAAUAGUAAAACCGGCAUAAGUAGCCUACUGAUUUUUGUAAUUUUACUACUAGCAUGGAUUGCCGGCUUUUCUUCCCGUUUAUUUGCAGUAAUCAGAUUUGAAAGUAUAAUACAUGAAUUUGAUCCUUGGUUUAAUUAUAGAGCUACAGCCUAUAUGGUAAAGCAUGGGUUUUAUAAUUUUUUGAAUUGGUUUGAUGAGAGAGCAUGGUACCCCCUUGGUCGAAUAGUUGGAGGUACUGUGUACCCCGGUUUGAUGAUAACUUCCGGUAGUAUUCACUAUGUGUUGCAUUUAUUACACAUAAAUGUACAUAUAAGAGAUAUUUGUGUAUUCUUAGCACCAAUAUUCAGUGGACUUACAUCCAUAUCUACAUAUUAUUUAACCAAAGAAUUAUGGUCAGCUGGAGCUGGACUGUUUGCUGCUUGUUUUAUCGCCAUUGUGCCUGGAUAUAUAAGUCGUUCUGUGGCUGGCAGUUAUGACAACGAAGGAAUUGCAAUAUUUGCUCUUCAAUUCACCUACUAUCUUUGGAUCAAAAGUGUGAAAAGUGGAUCUGUCUUCUGGGCUGUUGCUGCGGCUCUUUCAUAUUUUUAUAUGGUUUCAGCAUGGGGUGGUUAUGUUUUCAUCAUCAACCUUAUCCCUCUUCAUGUUUUUGUUUUGUUACUAAUGGGAAGGUUUUCCAACCGACUUUUCACAAGCUACACAACUUUCUAUAUUCUUGGUUUGAUCUUAUCGAUGCAAAUCCCAUUUGUUGGUUUUCAACCAAUACGUACUAGUGAACACAUGGCAGCAUUAGGUGUUUUUGCUCUUUUAUUCGCAGUAGCUACUCUAAAGUACCUACAAAGUAUGAUGUCAAAAUCAGAGUUCAAAUCUUUGGUUAUUUAUGGUGGGCUAAUUGCUGCUGGAUUAGUUUUUGCAAGUGUAGUUUCCUUAACGUAUGCAGGUUAUAUAGCACCUUGGAGUGGAAGAUUCUAUUCACUGUGGGAUACAGGUUAUGCUAAGAUUCAUAUACCAAUCAUAGCUUCUGUCUCAGAACAUCAGCCCACAACAUGGUUUUCUUUCUUCUUCGACCUUCAUGUUUUGGUUGCUACAUUCCCAGCCGGUUUGUGGUAUUGUAUAAAAAAUAUCAAUGAUGAAAGAGUGUUUGUUGUCUUAUAUGCAUUGAGUGCUGUAUAUUUUGCUGGUGUGAUGGUUCGGUUAAUGUUAACACUUACUCCGGUAGUCUGUAUUUUGAGUGGAAUAGCCUUCAGUGGACUGCUUGAACUUUUCUUGAGAGAUGAAGAAAUAGCCAAGCCUGAAGAAAUAGAAGUAAAUGAAGAACAUUCAACACCUAAAAAUAGAAAAUAUGAUAAGGUUGGACGUGUGCCUAAAAUGAAGCAUGAAGUAAACAAAGAGCCAGAUGGUAUUGGACCAAAUAUUAGAACGAUCAUAAGUGUAGUUAUAUUACUUUUAUUGAUGUUAUUCGCCGUCCAUUGCACCUGGGUCACUAGCAAUGCAUAUUCUAGCCCAAGUAUCGUGCUAGCAUCUUACAGUAGCGAUGGGUCCAGACAAAUUUUAGACGACUUUCGAGAAGCAUAUUUCUGGCUUUCUCAAAAUACUGCUGAUGAAGCAAGAGUUAUGAGUUGGUGGGAUUAUGGUUAUCAAAUAGCAGGCAUGGCCAAUCGAACAACCCUUGUAGAUAAUAAUACCUGGAAUAACAGUCAUAUCGCUCUUGUCGGUAAAGCAAUGUCCUCCAAUGAAAGUGCAGCCUACACAAUCAUGACUGCUCUGGAUGUUGAUUAUGUUUUAGUAAUAUUUGGAGGGGUCAUUGGUUAUUCAGGAGAUGAUAUUAAUAAGUUCUUAUGGAUGGUGCGAAUAGCAGAAGGGGAACAUCCUAAAGAUAUCAAAGAAAGUAAUUAUUUUACUUCCCAAGGUGAAUUCAGAAUAGAUGCAGAAGGUUCACCAACUCUUUUAAACUGCCUGAUGUACAAAUUGAGCUAUUACAGAUUCGGUGAAUUGAAAUUAGACUAUAGAACCCCAGCUGGUUACGACAGAACACGUAAUGCUGUCAUUGGAAAUAAAGAUUUUCAGUUAACAUACCUAGAAGAAGCCUACACUACAGAGCAUUGGUUGGUCAGGAUAUAUAGGGUGAAAAAACCAGAUGAAUUCAACAGGCCUAGAAUUCCUGUUGCCAACAGAGUUGUGAAAUCUCCAAAUUUUGUUUCCAAGAAGAGUACAAAGCGUAAGAGAGGCACUAUCAAGAAUAAACCAGUAAUAGUAAAGGGCAAGAAACUCUUACCCAAGAAAUCAUAGACUGUGCAAAAAUGUAUAAUUUAUUGUUGUUAGAUGUUUUUUUACUGUCACAGAAUAUUGUAGUUAUUUUUGGUCUUCAUUGUUACUCCUCAUUUCUUUAUAUUAAAUCAGUUCUCUCUUCUAAACCUAUGAUGUGAUAAAGCAUAAGGCCAAUAAAAAUAUUUGCACUAA